GGUGGUGGGUUACCGGUGUUGAAGUGGACAAAAGGUAGUUUUAAAACCCUGAUGGCCACUGUUCAGAUGGCCAAAGACUGGAAUGCUACUUACCCACAAGUGGGGGACACCGGUGCCGAUGCUCCGGCCGGUUAUAUAACCUUGUGGGCGGAUUUUUUCAACCACGGCAACCUUAGGUUGCCGGUGACGGUGUUUGUGGCGGAGGUAUUGGAGUAUUAUCACCUCCAUAUCUCCCAGCUUAGUCCUUUCGGAAUGUUCCGAAUUCGGAAUUUUGAGUACACAUUCCGUGCCCAUGGCCUGCCCAUUACAGUAGAGAAUUUCCGGCGGUUCUACCAGUUGACGGUGAACACCGGUUUUUUCUCGUUUACUCAAAGGCAUGGGAGUCUGAAGUUGAUGACACCCCCUAAGGGUGUGACAGGCUGGAAGAAGAGGUUCUUCUACGUGAAAGCCUGUGCGGUCUACGCUAGCAUGUCUUUCAGGAAUGUCGAUGUUGGAGUUUCCGAUGAAGAUAUUCCUGUUGCUUCCGCGAAGACCGCGGACUGGUUUUCUAGGCUGCGGCCUAUUGAACUCAAGAAGUUGGAUAAUGACCAACUGUGGAUAUUGCGGAUGAUGCUCUCUAGACCGGAUAGGAAGGAAAGGCCCGUGUUGCGGGAACAGGGUGGUGCGGAUGCGGUUGGCUUGUGGAGGAUGUUCGAGCCUGAUUUCAAGGGCCAGGUUGAACUGAUUGCGGUUGAGCUGAAGAAGGGUUUCAACCUUGAAAUUCUGAAGAACUUCCGCGUACCGUCGAAAGCGGUGCUGGAAGCCCCGGUUCCGGGAGACGCAAGAGGUACGUCUUACGUGGCAUUAGUUUUUUCAGUUUAUCUUUUUGACUGGUUCUGUUGAUUGUGUGAAUCCAGGUGUCCUUGCGGAUUUGGGGAAGUUUGAGAAACGCGUCCCCAAAAAGACUGUGGAGAAGAAAACGGUAAAAAAGACCGUGCGGGGUCGUGGCAAGGGGAGUGUUGAAGGCUCAGCUGCCCCUUCUUCCGUUUUCGAAGCCGCAGGUACCUAUCAAUCUUGUUCUCGGGGAUAUACCGAUUACGUCGUAGUAUCUGACACCCUUGAGGGUUUGGGUGUUAUAGGUAGUGGUGCGGCCGCGGGUGGA